CGAGAACCAGCCCUGUCCAGGGCUGCUGGGCUCUGAGGAAGACCUGGACCUGGAGACCAUGUGUGAUGGAGAUCUGCAGCUCCAGCCCUUCCUGAGGGGCUGCAGGGCCAGGGCCAGUCUCCCAGGGGCCCAGUCCCACUGUCACACCCAGAGGAUGCUGGGAGUGCUCUACCUGCAGUACGGAGAGGAGACCAUGCAGGUCCAGAUGCCUCCUGAAAUCAGCAGUCUGGAUUCCGUCAGGGCUCUGUUCGUCCUCGCCUUCCCCCAUCAGCUCACCAUGAAGAUGCUGCAGUCGCCCAACAUGGCCAUCUGCAUCCGAGACACCGGCCGACACCUGUACUACGACCUGGACGACCUGGACGACCUCAGAAAUGUUGCAUCUCAUUCCUUCCUGAAGGCGUAUCACCGAGACCCAGUCCAGAUGUUCCACACCAGACCGGCCGGCACCGAGCGGCGGAUCUCCAAGGAGGUGUUGUACGGCAGUCUGGGUCUGGUCCAGAACUGCAGUCUGGGUCUGGUCCAGAACUGCAGUGCCCUCCACGCCCUGCAGGGGUCCAUGUCCCCGCCCACGGUCCGGUCCAUGCCCUCGUCCCCGUCCAGGAUAGCAGCUCACGGGGGGGACAGGAGACGAGCUCCGGGCCCCGGCAGCGCCACGUUACCACGGCAACGGCUGUCCGAGGGAGGGCGGUCCAUGAGCAGCAGCAGCUGCUCCAUCCUGGAGAGGAGGGACGUCAGACCCGAUGGAGGACGUCCAGAAUCCUACUCUUCCUCUGGUCACCUGGGUCGGUCCUCCUCCCGGGCCAGUCCACCCCCCUCUACGGCUCCAGAACUGGUCCCGGGGAUCCUGGGGGGCCUGCAGCAGUACAAGGCCUCAGUCCGGCCCCUGGUGGGCUACGUGGUCCCCCAGAACCGGACCCUCCUCAGGCAGAAGAGCAUGAGGCCUGGAGAUGUUCAGCUUCCUGUGGAGACUGGAGCCCCGCCCCUUUCCCCCCACAGAGCUGCUGAUGUCAGGAUGAUUGACGGGCGAGGGCCUGGCGGUGGGGCGUCUCCAGAGAAGAUGUCAUCACUUCCUGUUUCCCUGCGGCGGGACAGUAACGGGGUGAAGAUGCCGAACAGAAGAAGCUGCUCCUCUUCCUCCAACUCCUCCGUCUUUGUGGACAGUCCUUUGGGACUUUGGGUUCAGACCCACGAGCAAGGCAGCAACGACCACAGUGAGAGGAUGAAGGCCAUGGAGCAGCAGAUCGCCAGCCUCACCGGGCUGGUGCACCAGGUCCUGUCCUUGGGUUCAGACGCUCCAGGACUCCAGGAUCGUCUCAGGGAGCAGAAUCUCCUGAACGGCCGAGCUGGGGGGUCGGCCAGGACGCAGAGCCCUCCUGCUUGGAUUGACAGCUCUGGCCCCGCCCCUCCGGCCCUCCAGGCCCCGCCCACAGGAAGUGGGGUGCAGCAGGGUCUGGAGUUGGUGAGGAGACGCCUGGAUGAACUUCGGCUGGAGCUCAGCAGACUGAGGUGUUUACAGCUGUCACACCUGGAGAGCGUGGGUUCGAUGCUGCGGAUGGCGGGCCAGGAGCUGGUGGUGCUGCUCUGGGAUUGGCUGGUUCAGUCCCAGCAGACGGAGGAGAGGCGGAGACUUGAGGUGGAAGACGACAUUGCCCACUACCUUACGCAGGAGGAGAGGAUCCUCUCCCAGCUCAGGGAGCUGGAGGACUUCGUGGCUCGGCGGCGGGGCCCGGCCCAGGUCACCCUGGCAGAGGUGGAGGAGGCCGCCGUGGGGCUGCAGCGGGUCGGGGAGCGCCUGGUGGUGCUCAGAGGUGACCUGCCCCCCCUGCAGAGGAAGAUGCGCUCGGCGCUGAGGCUGGAGCUGGAGGUGGUUCGCUUCCUGGGGGAGGAGCCUCCCAAGAUGGACGCCAUGCUGAAGAGAGUCCGGGGUCUGAUGGAGACGCUGGGCGGCCUGCGCAGACAGGUGCUCCCCCCCGGGACGGAGCCUCAAAGGGCCCAACAACAGGGUCCUCCCAAGACCUGGACUCCCCAGGACCCCCCCACACCCUCACCUCCAUCUCCUGCCUCCCUGAGACAGGCGGGGGUCAGUGUGGUUCCCCUCCCCCUCAGGACAGUCCCCCAUGGAAGGGCCUCUCCAGCAGCAGAGGCCUCUCCAGGUCCAGAAGGGUCCGGCGGUAGGAACCAGAACCAGAACCAGAACCAGGACCAGGACCAGGACCGGAGCAGAACUGAGUCCAGUCCAGGGACUGUUCCAGUCCUCCAUGAGAGCUCCCUGCCCCCCCUGGGUGGUUCUGACCCGGUCUCUGGACCUUCAGCCUCCACAGAGUCCAGAUCAGAGCUGGACUCAGGUCUGGACCCCCUGCAAGAUGAUCCUUCAGCAGCGUCUCCAGUGGAAAACCGCUCCAACGUGGACGGAGUCAGGAACCAGAGUCCAGACGGGUCCAACAGGUCCAACAGGUCUCCUCCUCAGAGAAUCCAUGCUGCCACAGGACUGACCUCCACCCCGUCAGGAGGACCGACCUCCACCCCGUCAGGAGGACCGACCUCCACCCCGUCAGGAGGACCGACCUCCACCCCGUCAGGAGGACCGACCUCCACCCCGUCAGGAGGACCGACCUCCACCCCGUCAGGAGGACCGACCUCCACCCCGUCAGGAGGACUGACCUCCACCCCGUCAGGAGGACCGACCUCCACCCCGUCAGGAGGACCGACCUCCACCCCGUCAGGAGGAGGACUGGUCUCCAGCUGCCAGGAAGAACCUGCUGGGUCUCAGGCUGAUCGUGAAAAAGCUGCCCCUCAUCCCAAACCCCCCCGACAUGCUGAGGGAAAAGCCUCAUCCCGGAUGUUUGGUUCUGAUUCCAUCUCCAAGACUAAUGCUGCACCAGGGGAGGAGCAGGAGGUAGAUGAGCAAGGCAGCACGAAGGACUUGAAGGUCUCCACCGAUUGUACCGGUCGUGUCCCGGUUGGAAAUGUGCAGGUUGGGAUAAUAAAUGUUGGUCAGAAGAAGGUGGAGGACAUUGAAGGACUGUCCUCCUUGAACCAGGGAGAGAGAAGUCCACCUGCAGGACUUCAGUCAGGAACGACGCUGGUGAAACCAGACGGUUCUGAGGGUCCAGUUUCACAGGAACAUGUUCUCCUCACGAAGGAAGCUGAUGGACAUCUUCUCUCCCCAACCAGCAGAGAAAAGCCCACCAUGUUCCCAACGGUUGGAGAAAACAUUCAGACGUUGGACACGGUUCUCCAGAAAGUACGAGCCCAGAAGUCCAGUUUGACGUUAGUCGUAACUUUACAAAAGGAAAAUCCUUCCAAGGACGACUCGUUCCAGCAGAAUAAGUCCCAGAGCUCUAAUCAGGACCAGAAACCACCAACUCCAGUCCUGAAACCGACCUGUGUUUCCCCCAGUUUGACCUCCAACACCAGCACACAUCAGAAUCAGGACAGAACCUCCCGGAACCAGUCCACCGAGGACGGGGGGAACCUGAACCCCGUCACCAUGGACGAUGAAGGACCACCUCCUCCACCUCCUCCACCACCGAUCGGCGAUAGAUUCAUUCACAGGAUUUCCAAGACCAGCUGGAAGAACAGAACGGACCCGGACGAAAGUGAUGGCUCUGUGAACGGAGACGGUGGACGCCUUCAGGACUACGAUGACAUGGAGGAGUCCGCCACCGAGCCUGUCACGGUUUACCUGGACCAGGACCUUCAGGACGCCUUCAGACGCCUGUCCACCGUCUUCGAGUGCGACGAGGAUCUGAAUCCAUCUGCAGAUCUGGAUGUAGAGACAAACGGGGAACAAGAGGAACCAGAUCUGAAAAAGGCCUUUGACAAAGAGUCAGGACGUAUUGAGACGUAUUCAGACCCCAGACCUCCAGAGACCGGCAGCUCGGUUCCUGCUGGCCGAAACUCAGAAACUCCAGAGACCGGCAGCUCGGUUCCUGCUGUCCCAGGGCAGCAGACUCUCAAGAAGGUCAAGGCCAGAAGCAAAUUCAAAUUCAGGUUUCCCAAAACCAAACUGGCAGCGCUCAGCCAGGUGAUCCGACUGGGAACCAAGAAAACGACCAAAGUGACGAGGGGCGUGGUCCCCGAGGACCAGGAGACCCCCAGGUCCAAUGUUGUCCCCGAGGACCAGGAGACCCCCAGGUCCAAUGUUGUCCCCGAGGACCAGGAGACCCCCAGGUCCAAUGUUGUCCCCGACGACCAGGAGACCCCCAGGUCCAGAUCCAGGCCACGUUCCCGGGUCCAGGCGCUUUGCAGGGAUGCGUUUGACUCCAUCAACAGCCUGGAAGAAUCCAUCAAGCAGCUGGAGAUCAGUGUGGACAGCAUCACCUCCUCCUCUGGGUUAGGAUCUCCU